GGUGGCACCUCUUCCCUCCGCCACCUCCUCGCGUUAGUUCCGGUCGCAGAGGAGACACCGCCGCAGUUGCCGCCACCUCCGGGAUUUCUGGCUCUUUUCUCUUCGCCUUAAAUUCGGUGAGGCGCAGACCUCGCUCAUCUUGGGCCGACGUUGUGGCUCCUCGUCGCUGAGCAGAGGGUGAAGGAGGCGGCAGGCCCUGUGCGGCCCAGCUUGGAUGGGCCCGGGCGGAGGCCGCCGCAUGAGGCCGGACGGGAUCCAGGGCCUGGAUUCGGGGAUCGGGGCCGCCGCCUCAGCGGGGAGGCCGAGGGACGGCUGCCCGGACCGGAACGAGGGUCCUGUGUGUGCCCCGCGGAGGCAGAGGCGGUGGGCGAGGCAGACCCCCCCUCCGGCCCUGCCCGGCCUGGGGUGUCUUUUAUGAAUAAUCAAAAGCAGCAAAAGCCAACGCUAUCAGGCCAGCGUUUUAAAACCAGAAAAAGAGAUGAAAAAGAGAGGUUUGACCCUACUCAGUUUCAAGACUGUAUUAUUCAAGGCUUAACUGAAACUGGUACUGAUUUGGAAGCAGUAGCAAAGUUUCUUGAUGCUUCUGGAGCAAAACUUGAUUACCGCCGAUAUGCAGAAACACUCUUUGACAUUCUGGUGGCCGGCGGAAUGCUGGCCCCAGGUGGUACACUGGCAGACGACAUGAUGCGGACAGAUGUCUGUGUGUUUGCAGCACAAGAAGACCUAGAGACCAUGCAAGCAUUUGCUCAGGUUUUUAACAAGUUAAUCAGGCGCUACAAAUACCUGGAGAAAGGUUUUGAAGAUGAAGUGAAAAAGCUGCUGCUGUUCUUAAAGGGUUUUUCAGAGUCGGAGAGGAACAAGCUGGCUAUGUUGACUGGUGUUCUUCUGGCUAAUGGAACACUUAAUGCAUCCAUUCUUAAUAGCCUUUAUAAUGAGAACUUGGUUAAAGAAGGGGUUUCAGCAGCUUUUGCUGUAAAGCUCUUUAAAUCAUGGAUAAAUGAAAAAGAUAUCAAUGCAGUAGCUGCAAGUCUUCGGAAAGUGAGCAUGGAUAACAGACUGAUGGAACUUUUUCCUGCCAAUAAACAAAGCGUUGAACACUUCACGAAGUAUUUUACUGAGGCAGGCUUGAAAGAACUUUCGGAAUAUGUUCGGAAUCAGCAAACCAUAGGAGCUCGUAAGGAACUCCAGAAAGAACUUCAAGAACAGAUGUCCCGUGGUGAUCCAUUUAAGGAUAUAAUUUUGUAUGUCAAGGAGGAGAUGAAAAAAAACAACAUCCCAGAACCCGUUGUCAUCGGAAUUGUGUGGUCCAGUGUAAUGAGCACUGUGGAAUGGAACAAAAAAGAGGAGCUUGUAGCAGAGCAAGCCAUUAAGCACUUGAAGCAAUACAGCCCUCUACUUGCUGCCUUUACAACUCAAGGUCAGUCUGAGCUGACUCUGUUACUGAAGAUUCAAGAGUAUUGCUAUGACAACAUUCAUUUCAUGAAAGCCUUCCAGAAAAUAGUGGUGCUUUUUUAUAAAGCUGAAGUCCUGAGUGAAGAACCCAUUCUGAAGUGGUAUAAAGAUGCACAUGUCGCAAAGGGGAAAAGUGUCUUCCUUGAGCAAAUGAAAAAGUUUGUAGAGUGGCUCAAAAAUGCUGAAGAAGAAUCUGAGUCUGAAGCUGAAGAAGGUGACUGAAUUUUGAAACCACACCCUCAGUAAAGCAAACAGGAGUUGUAGAUAAAAUGUCAUGUCUCAUGUGUCCUGGUUCUUACAUCUUCCUACCUCCCUAUAUCAAGCAUGAUAUAAGGGCUUUCAUGGCAAAUUUUAUUUUAACUGUUUCUAUGGUUACUGGAAAUGUUGGAUUUAGUUUCUAAAACCAUGUUUUAAGUAGCUACAGGAGCUAUAGAUUUGAAUCUAAUGUUGCAUUAGUCUUUUCAGUUAUCUUCUACCUCCUGUAUUUUCUACUGAUAAUAAUGUAAUUUAAGGACUUCCACAAUGAACAGUUCACUUUAUUCCCUGGGUUUUCUAUAUGAACAGUUUUCAAGAUAUGAUUUGGUUAAAAAUAAUUUGUUAUAAAAAUUCUGUUUGCAAAUUAAACUGUAAAAGUAUCCAAAAGUCUCAGAAGGCAGUGAUUUGUGUGAUAAUUUGGUAUGCCCGAAGCCCUGCUUAUCAAUGAAAAUCUCAUAUACAGUUGAAUUCAUUACCAUGAAUCUUGAGUAUUUGGACCAUUGCUUGCAUGUUAAUAUUUUCUCGCGUUUUUAAUCCUAGAUGUACUUGAGCUCAAUUGUCUGCUCUCUGAUUUUCUUUCCUUAAAAUGGAGAACAAACUUGAAAGUGAAGUCUUGAGGGAAUUGUAUGUGGCAUAGGUGGUGGGAAAAAAAAGUUGAGCUUUUUCCCAUUGAGAAACUUCUGCAUUCAGUUUAUAUCUUUACAGACAAAAUAAAUGAGUAUUUUGGAGUUCCCAUCGUGGCUCAUCAGAAAUGAAUCUGACUAGCAUCCAUGAGGAUGCAGGUUCAAUCUCCGGCCUCACUCAGUGGUGUAUUAAGGAUCUGGCAUUGCCACGAGCUGUGGUGUAGGUCGCAGAUGUGGCUCGGAUCUGGUGUUGCUGUGGCUGUGGUGUAGGCUGGCAGCUACAGCUCCUAUUAGACCGCUAGCCGGGGAACCUCCAAAUGCCUCGGGUGUGGCCCUAAAAAGACAAAAGACAAAAAAAACAACAACAAAAAAAGAGGUCCUUUUUCAUUCAAUCAUUUUCAAAUAUGUCUUAGAAAAGUCGCAUCAUAUUAAGUAUUUUACACUUCUCACGCACUUAGAUUGGUAAGAAAGGACUCAUAGUGCAGGUAAAGUAAAUGUACUAAACCCAGAAAAUUGUUGAAAGAAAAGUGGUGGACAUGUUCUAUUUGAAACGCUAAAUAUAGCUCCUAUUUCCUCUUGGCUUAAAAUAAUGCAAAGAAGUGCAGUGAUAAUGUAUUCUUACUUGAUCAUACUGGACCAGCUUCAUUCUCUUCACAGAUUCACUUAUGACUCAAGCAUCUGACUAUUAACUUUGUUGCCAGUUUUUAAAAGUUGCCAGAAGCCAAAUCUCUCUUCUGUACAGUUGAUCGAUUUAUUUUAAUGGCUGCCUUUGAAUUUCCGUCUUUCUUUUCUUGUUGGUUCUCAUCUAUAUAUGUAGUCAUUAGAAAAGAAAGUGUGGCCACGCUUUUUGGUGGAAAGACUUAGUUUUAAAUGUGAACGUUUUGAAAAUUUUUUUGAUUGGUGAAAGAAAUGAAACUGGAAUAAUGCAACUAGAGACUAAUUGAUAUUGCCCCUAUCAAAGGUGCCAUUCUUAUGAGCCAAGAAUUUGGUGUUUAAAAGUUCAUCUUGAGGAAAUAACAUGUAAUAAAGUUUGAAGUAAAGAUACAAUAACCUUAUGAAGAAGAGCAUUAUAACUGAUCAUAUUGUGAAUGGACUGAAAUUGUUAAAUGAAUAACUUGAUAAAGCUCUCAUGCACAGGCAAAAUGUAUUCAGUUGGUUUCUACAUAGUGAUCUGCUUUUACUUUGUAAUUUGUAGUCCUCAAAAGGCUUUUUUUUUUUUUUAAAUAAAGUCCAUCCUUACGCUUAGGUUUAUGUAGGUCAGUCCUUUUUAAUUUUUUAUUUUUUUGUAAAUUCCAUAUUAACACCUAGUGGUAAUUGUAUAUUCUGUGUUCCUAUGUCUCUACUGUGUAAGCAUUAAAUAAUUGUUCUUUUCGUCCUUAAUGACUCUCAAACUGGAAACACCUACAUGGAAUUCUGAUGUAGCGGCAACCACAUGAACAUUUCUACAACCAAAUCAUCGCAUGUUACUGCAGUACAGUGUACCCUGUUUAUUAUAUACUGUGUAUAGUGAAAGAGUGUGUAGUCUUCCAGAACUACAUUAUGAUCUUUGAUGAUAGAGUUUUUACCUUCAUAAUGACAAAGCAGUGUUUAACUUACUACAAUAUUAUAUAAUAUGGAUAAGUCACCUGUGACAGUAUAGUGUAAAGAAAGGGAAUGCUUUCUAAAAAGACUUAGCAGAUUUUCAUUUUGAAUUUUAAGUGGCGAUUUUAAAAUUCAGCUGCCAGUGCCAACCUCUGGCCUCAGAUAUGUAAUUCUUAAUAUAGAUGUUAAAAUUGUACUUGUAAUUAUGAUCAGAUAAAUGUUAAUUGAUUUUCCUAACUUGGUGUCGGUUUCUAAGGAUAAGUCUCCUUUUAGAUGCCAUAAUUAAAUAUGUGUUUAGAGCUGAUCAUAAGUUUCUUAAUUAUUCUGGGAGCAUUGUCCUAAAGACAUUUUUUAUUAUGUUCUUAAUGAAAUUGCCAAAUGCCAACAGGAUAUUCUGACAGCGUAAUAAUGGUGGGGAGAAGAAAUGCAUGUGACUGAGAGAUUUACUUCUGAUUCAGUGUUUCUUAGAUCUUUUCUCAUCAACCUGACCCUUGAAACCUUUAAAACUUUUUUUUAAAAAUAGCGCCCCAAUAAAUUUUAAUAUCAUAGAUAUGCUG